GGCUACACGAAGUCCAUCGACAUCUGGUCGGUGGGGUGUAUCCUGGCUGAGAUGCUGUCCAACAGACCCAUCUUCCCUGGGAAACACUACCUGGACCAGCUGAACCACAUCCUGGGGAUCCUGGGCUCCCCGUCUCAGGAAGACCUCCUCUGCAUCAUCAACCUGAAGGCCAGGAACUAUCUGCUGUCACUGCCCAUGCGUCCCAAAGUGUCAUGGAACCGCCUGUUCCCCAACGCCGACCCCAAAGCUCUGGACCUGCUGGACAAGAUGUUGACCUUUAACCCCAACAAGAGGAUCGAGGUGGAGGAGGCCCUGGCCCACCCCUACCUGGAACAAUAUUAUGACCCGACAGACGAGCCCGUUGCUGACAUUCCCUUAAAGUUCGACAUGGAGUUGGAUGAUUUACCCAAAGAGGCGCUGAAGGAGCUCAUCUUUGAGGAAACGGCACGUUUCCAGCCCGGUUACAGGCCCUAAGACCUCACAGAUGACUCUGUGGACAGGCUUCUGCGUCACCACUGCUCCUCCCGCCUCCACUCUGUUGCUGUGAUUUUCUUUCUUUUUUUUUCUUUUUUGUCUCUGUUUUGUUUUUGUUUUUUUAAACUCUCCUCUCCCGUCGUCCCGCGUCUCCCGGACUCCUUGGGUCUCUCUCGUCAAGUCCACUUUGCUCAGGAACGGCGAUCCGUCUCUCCUCUCCGUCUCCCUGUCGUGUUGGGGGUGGGGCAGCAGCGGUGGGAGGAGUCACGUCACAGCUCAUAGUUUGGGGGUAAAAUUUGUGUUUUAAAGCCAAGAUAACAAGUUUUUUUGUGUGUGUGUGUGUUUGUGCGUCUCUGGUUGAAUGAAUAAACUCGCUGUUGUCUCUUUGGGUGCAGCUGCUUUGCACAAUUUAAAAAAACAAAAAAAAAAUCCAUAUUUUCUAAUCUUUGACGCACUGUUACAAGAGAUGCAGUGACCUCCGCCUCGUUAGGGAAUAAUCCAGAUUAAAUCUCCUGAUUUAUGCAAUUCAAAGACAGAACGAGCCAAACUUUCUGGCCUCAAGCCAUCAUGUGGUGUUAAGGAUGUAUAUUUUAUCAAACCUUGUAUUUUAAUCUCAAACGUACUCAGAAAGCCCAAAUGCAAGCAUCUUAUCUAGCUAUAGAUAUAAAUAUAUAAAUAUAUAUAUAUAAAUAUAUAAAAUAUAAAACCUGAAGAGUCUUAAAGGUGUUUUAAUGUUUUCUUUCAUAUUAUUGGCAUCAGAAUCAGAGUUUCUGCCUUAGGAUGAGAGAAAAUAAAACUGAGGAGAAGUUGAUUUAAUUCUCGCGUGUUUCAGGAGGAUGGUUUUUCUUUAGACGCGUCGCAGAACUCGUUUGGAUCGGAGAAGAUGUUGUCGUGCCUCCCGUUGUUUGUUUGUGUGUUUCUGGGUGUGGGUCAGCGUCUCUCUCGCCUUGUUAGAAUAAAACUGUGCCCUCUGCAUGACUGUUAUAAGCUCUGUAUACAAAGACGACGACGUUAAAGUGCCACACGAGCCGGGCAGAUCCGCCGGCACAGCGCCCAGGCUCUUCCCGUUCAAACGGUCUCUGUUUGCUUUUCCUCUGUCGUGGUUUUUUUUUCUAAUUUCUAAACACAGACGGUGCUUUUUGUCCUCUUCUUUUGCUUUAGCAUCCUCCCUCUAUUUUUAUUUUUAUUUUUAAAUCUGCAUGCUAUUUUUUUUAAAAAAAAGAGAAUAAAUUUUUGAUUUGUAACAAAACCAGAGAAGGUGUUGUUAUAAAAGUUUUUUUUUUCUUCGCAGUUUGAGUAUUUAGAUCUGAGAGGUCGCAGCAGAGGACUGCUGAGUCGACUGUUAAAUUUAAAGUUUUUAUUUGAAAUGUUUGAAUUUGGAGAUUUCUUUUCGGGAUUUCGAUCAGCAGAGCUCGACGAAUCGUUCGGUUCUGUUGACAUCGAGCUUUUUGGUUCGGCAUAAUUAAACUGCAACAGUCUGACUGAGAAGAUCCUCCCAUCAAACUCUUUCGACACUUAGGUUCAGAUAAUUAUGUUUUAAUCUAAAAGUUUUACAAAAAGUAAAGUUUUGUCUAAAUUUAAAGAACAGAAAAGUCUCUAAAAUAACUUUAAAUCAACAAAACUUAAAAAGCAACAAAGAUCUUUGUUGUUUUUUUCUUUCUUUUACCAUGUUUGUGUUCAUAAGUUUGAAUAAAAUCAGUGUUCAGAGUCAGAUGAUGUAAUAAAGGAGGAUUUUUUAUUGUCUAAAGGGAUUAGUUUCUGUAUUUCUAAGCACCAGGGUUGUGAAAUGUCCCAGAUCCUGGACCUGGACGAGUGCUGAGGCCCGUUUCUGCAAACGUUCUUUAAAUCCGUUUUCGUGUUUUUAAACGUCAUCGUUCCAGAGAAGCCCUGCUGCCGUCUACGUUUUAUUUUCAGAAGAGUUUUGGUGACCAGGUUCUGAUUUUCCUGAAGACGUUCUGCCGAUCAGGAGCGGCCGUCUCGAAGCCUCGUCUGUUUUUUGUUUUUUCCUGUUUCUGAGCGCGACGCGUAUCUGCUGCGUCCACGUGAACCAUCCCGUCGACUCGUUCGUUAAAGAGAGGACGCUAAAGCUUAAAGGAAAAAAAAAUAUUAAGCCAUAAUCUGUCAGUCAGGCUGUCGCACCUCUGACCACGCCCAGUGGUGAUGUCACCGUGCAUGGACACGCCCACACAUCACUGCAGCCACGAGACGAAAAACCCAUCCGCAAAAUAUUUCAGCUGAACCUGAGUGGCUCUCGUCUUCAGUGGGUCAAACAUCAGAAUCUUUUCUUUGUAUAUGUUUUAUUAUUACCACAUUUUAAAACUAAAUAAGGGACGAUUUGAGCAUCAAAUGCAAAAGUAUUAAAUUACGGCCCUGUCCACGUGGAAGAGAAACAGGAAGUAAGACAGGAAGCAGGUAUCUGAAGCUUUAACUCAGGUCUGUUGGAGUCCAGUUGGCAGCUUCAGACUGAAAAAUCAGCAGGAAAGUAUUAAGUUCUAAAUUGGACAGAUUGGAGACAACAUUGAAAUAGGUUGCAGACAGGUUUGAGACUUUGAGACUAAAUUAAGACAGGUUUGAGACUGUAUAAACUUUGAGAAGUGUUUGAGACUGUGUAUAAAUUGAGACAGGUUGGAGACUUUGAGACUAAAUUGAGGCAGGUUUUACAGUUUGACUGUGUAUAAACUGAUAGGUUGGAGACUGAGAAGUGUUUGAGACUGUGUAUAAAUUGAGACAGGUUGGAGACUUUGAGACUAAAUUGACCCGUUUGGGACUGUGUAUAAACUGAUAGGUUGGAGACUGAGAAGUGUUUGAGACUUUGUGUAUAAACUGAGACAGGUUUGAGACUAAAUUGAGAGAGGUUGGAGAUUUUGUGAGUAAAUUGAGACAGGCUUGAGACUUUGUUCAUAAAGUGAGACAGGUUGGAGACUAGGACUAAACUGAGAUGGGUCAUUGGAGACUGACUAAAUUGAGACAGGUUUGAGACUUAUCAAACAGGUUGGACACUGAGCUGUGUUUGAGACUGUGUAUAAAUUGACACAUGUUUGAGACUUGGACUAAAUUGAGAAUGGUUAGAGACUUGAAAACAAAAUUGAGACAGGUUUGAGACAUAAAAAAGCAUAUUCCUUGGAGAGAAAACUUUAGUCAAUAUCUUGAAUGUGAUCAAAAUUCAAGUGACAUGAGUAUGAGAUUUGUGAAAGGAAAUUGAGACUUCAUUGCAAACAUUUUGAGACAAUUUGGGGACUCUUUUCAUCAACAGUUUGUCAAGAGUUGCUGGCCAAUGAGAUGUUACCUUCAGGUGUUUGGUACAAAAAUAAGGAGUUUAAUUUGGGAUUGUAGGUGAGAUUAGAGGUGGGAUUAUGACGUCAUAGUUUUUACAGAAGUUGUAAACAGUUUGAGUUUUGUAAAUCAGUGUUUGUGUGGACACAAGGAUGAAAUGAUCAACUUUAGUGGAUUGAAAAACAUCCUAACAGAUGUUUUUAUGUAAACAUUUUCUCAAAGAAAAUAACUAAAACGUACCUUGAAUAUUCCAUUUUUUUAAGAUUAAAAGAAUAAAAUCAGAAAUUUUGACCAAAGUUUUUGUUUCUGCCGUUAAACUUCCUCCUCGGUUUGGAUCCUGGCGCUCGUCUGUCUCACGGUUACUUUGAUGCGUCUCCGGUAAUCUGGAUGGGAUUAGUAAUCUGAGGUGCCUGCCAGGACUUGACUUGCCUGUAGAUUUUUUUUUUUUUUUCUGUUCUUUUUGAGCGAGGGGAGGGGCUUAGUUAAAAACACAACUUUAAGGGCACUGGAAAUCUUUCUGGGAAUAGUUGUAUUAAAAACAAAAGAAAAAAAAGCUUCAGCUGAUUUCUUCGUGCGACCUGUCUGUCUGUGCCUUUUUUGAUAGUCUUGAUAUCCAAGAUUUGAUGUGCAGCUUUCGUUUAGUCGGGACUUUGUUGUACCUGCAGUAUACGCUUUGAACAACAAUCAAUCAAUCUGGGGCUGGGUGGGAUUAUUAUUAUUAUUAUUAUUAUUAUUAAUGGGGGGUCCUUUUAUCUCAUUUCUGUACAUUUUAAAGAGAUUUGUUGCAACACCUGUGUGAUUUGUGACUGUAAUUAAAGAUGAAAAGCAAACGUUAUAUAUUUUUGCGUUACCUUUUUUCCCUUGAGCUUUUUCUUUUUUUUAAAGUUUUUGUGCAGAUAUUUUUAUUGUAAAAUGAAUGUUUCUAUCAGACACUAACCUUGUUUGAGUUGUCUCCAGUGGUUCUUCACUCUGUAUGUUUUGAUCAGUAUAAACUUUUAAUUGUGUCGUUUUCAAUUUUAUGAAAGAGGGAAAAAAAAUAAAAAAAUAUUGGUUGUAUUUUAAAGGUUUGUUUUGCCAUUUAAUAGUUUUUGAGUUUAUUGGUCAGUUUUAUUUUGUGUGAAGGAUUUAACUUGACAGGAAACCUUGACUGCUAAAUCAUUUUUAAUUUUUUUUUUCCAGUUUUGCCAUGACAUUUCAAUAGACGUUCAUUAAAAACACUGUACCUUCA